UUGGUUUAGUACGCUGCGAUCGCUCAUUGAAAAUGGUCUGCAGGCCGCGCAUGCGCCAAAAACAUUUAAAACCGCCAACGAAACUCGAAAACGAACUGUCUCUGAGUCUGAAACUGUUUUUGAAUCUACAUCCGAUUUUAAAGACGCGCCUAAGAAAUCAAUAUCCUAUAGUCGCGUGUUGAAUUUAAUUUCGGUUUUUAACACAAAAGUUAAUUUUUUAUUUCAUUAUUUUCUGUGCUUUUUUGAAAGUUGUGAACACAAAAAUAAAAUCGAUUUAUUUUUGGAGUGUGCUGUGACUGUGUGUGUGUGCCUUUGGUGUGGAGCUGCCGAAAAUUGAAAAUUUCUAACCACCUGGACGAGCAGGAUGCUCCGUGAGUGCCUGGCGCUGAUCGCCCUCCUCCAGCUGGCGGGGGGCGUGGCGCGGGCACUGCCCACCAUCCAGGGCGGUAAUGCCAGGCAGCAGCUGGACAAAAGCUUUUUCCAGCCACCGGAAAUCGAGCAGACUAUCGAUGAAGUACAAAAGAUAUUGGCCAACGAUCCUGCGCUGCCCAGAUUGACACGUGGCGAGAUCGAGGAGCUCUAUGAGAAGGUGACCCGCGAGGAGUAUGAGAAGAGUCUGGAAGCCGGGGACAUGAGCCGGGCGGACAGCAUGAGGGCCUUGAUGUUGGUGCUUCCCUUUAACACGGACAACAACACGGAGGAGAACCUACAGGAGCUGUACACACGUCCACCGGUUACCCGGGUCAUAGAUGCCUAUACCCCUCCGGAUCCGGUCAAGUUUCUAACACCCGAUCCCAGCGCCGUGCCGAGGAGCACGGUUCCCGGCGGUAAUCCCGCCGUGGCUGCCACCACUUACAAGCCACCGUAUGGACUGCCCUACGGCCAGGGAAACCUUCUCCAGCAACAGCAGCAGUUCAGGCCCAUGCCCGUGGCCACCACUUAUCAUCCCCCUGCCCCGCCUCCGGUUGUGUAUCAGGAUUUUAGGCCAUUGACUGCCAAGUCUCCAUCCUCAUCCUCCCCGGCUCCUCUCGCAGCUCCGUCAGCAGGAGGUGGACGCUUCAGUUCCCACUACAGUGCCAAGAAUGCCCAGUUUCUGAGGAAACCCAAGCCGGUACAGGCUACCAGUGCCUCCAGUACGGUGAAGCCUGUGGCGGAUAUUCUGGAAAGUCUGGGAAUUGUCUCGGGAGGUUCGGAAGGGGCCCAUAAGAGGUACGCCCUGGACGACUACUAUCCGGCGGAGAGUGCUCCGCAGCCCUCGGUGGUGGCAGUGGCCGAUCUGCGUGGCCUCCAGGGAGCCCGCAUCCGCCCGGAGGCCUACUCCAACUUCAAGCCCCUGAAUAUCGGCGAGGAGCUGAGAGUCAAGCCGGAGGUGGAGGGCUACCUGACCCGGUUCGGGAUCGUGAAGAAGCCCAAGGCCCUCAAGAAGGAGGCCAAGCCCACGGAGGAGCCCACUGGCGCCCACACGGAGCUGUCCACGGCCACGGCGAAGCUGCCGCUUCAGGGCAAUGCAGAGCUGGCCAAACUCCUGGAGAACCUCCAGGAACUGGAGCGAUUGCAGGCCCAGCAGGCAAAGAGGAAGCCAGCAAGUCCGAAGACUACCACCACUACCACUCCUCGUCCCACCACCACAAGUACCACCACCACCACCACUACUACCACGACAACUCCUGCUCCCGUCCAGCUAAUAACCCACGGGGAACCCAUGCUGAUAGAGGCCAAGAAGCCACGGCGGAGAAUCGAUCCCAACAUAGAUCUGAACUUUGCGAAUGGAGGGAACCAGCAGGCCACCAGCACAAACGAGCUAUCCAAGCUGUUGCAGAAUCUCCAGGAGCUGGAGAAGCUGCAGAUAAAUCCGGAGAACGUCCUCAAGGCGGCCAGUCCCAGUCCAGGACUCCAAGCUUUAAGCAGCAGGUUCAGCAGCACGAGUACCACGACAUCUACGACCACAACGAGCACCACACCCUCCCCCGCCCAGAGGGAGGCCCUGGAACUCCAGAGAAUCCUCAAGCAGCUGCAGCAGUUGGAGCAGAAGCAAAGAAGCACCACUACUAGCACCACCACCAGCACCACGUCGAGACCCGCGAAGAACGGAGGCCUGGGCCUGGGAGCCGCCGAUCUUCUCCAGCUGCAGCGCCUUCUCAGCGACGACCGGGAACUGGAGAAGCUCUACGAGCAGGCCAGGAACGGCGCCAAGAAGAAGCAGCAGCCCAAGAGCACCACCACAAGCACCACCACCAGUACAACCACCACCACAACGACCACUCCACGACCCACUGCCUCCGUGGAUCAUGCCCAGUUUGAGGCUCUGAUUACCAGGGUGCAGCAACUGGAGCAACUCCAGCAGCCCACCACGCCGCCCAACUUCCUUACGAGGAACAUAGCCGGCACGAGGCCGUCCUCGGGAGUGAGUCUGCCGAGCAACGAUUUUGCCCAUCUCCAGGAGCUCUCGCCCACCGCCUCCUCGCUGCCGAGCGGCUCCGGAGGCGUUGAGAUCUCCACAGCAGCCUCCACCUCCAAACAGAGGCAGCGUCCGCUAGACAACUUCGAGCGGAGCAACGGUCUGUUGCUCCAGGACGAUGUGCAUCCCCAGGACUACGUCCAGCUGCAAAAGCUUCUCAGCAAAGUGCAGGAACUGGAGCGGGUGCAGUUGAAGACGGCCGAUCCCCACCAGCAACUGGUCACUGCGGCUUCCGUGAGAACCCCCAAUGUGAAGAGCAUCCAGGGUGCUCACAUCGUCUACGCCCAGCCGGUCAAGGAGCAGGAACUGGUGGAGCACGAGCCCGAACCGGAGCUUAAACUGGACUUGCCGGUCUACAAGAAGCCUCUGACCCCCACACCCACUCCCGCAGUUUCACAGACUUCCAGCGAGGAGCUCCGGGAACUGGCCAUGUCGCAGCCAGCUCAUCCGACCCAGCAGAAGGGUCAAUCCUCGGCAGACUUUGGCCAACUGCAGCAGUUCUUCAGUGGCCUAGAGGAUGUGGGCGAGCGCCAGAGCUACCAGCACAUGCAGCCCAUCUACAAGACGGUUCCCAGUACCUCUCCGCCGGCGCCUCGCUUCGUGCCCUCCAAGAAGGUCACGCCUCUGAACUCGGGCGGUCCCCGAAAGGCGGAUUUGGAGGAGCUCCAGAAACUGCUCUACAACACCCAGCAGCUGCAGAAGCUGGGCGUAGCUUUGCCUCACGAGCUCUCCCAGCAACUGGAGAGCCAGCUGCAGGCCACCUCCUCCUCAACGUCCACAUCUUCGUCCACCACAAGCACUACUCCGGCACCGACGCACGACACCUCCUCGCCGGCGGUCUUCUCGCUGACCACCAUUCGGCCAAGGAUCAGGCCCAUCGCUGAGCCCCGGCCCAGCACGGAGAGCAGCCUGGAGCUGCCGGUGUUCAGCGCCACCAAGAUCAUAGAGGCGGCCAUCAAGCGGGCGGCCAACCGGAUCGGAGUCAGCACCGAACUGGCGCCCAUAACGAUGGGGCUGGGAAUGGGCUUCCGGCGGCGAAGCGACGAUGCCCUGGCCGAGGAAGACCUGGAGGCGGAGGAUCGGGAGGGCGAACUCGAUGGCGACCUGAUGGCGGAAUUCAGCGAGCUGAACUAUCAGCUGGCCAAGCCGGAGACGCCGAAGGAGAAGCGGGAGGACUCCCACUCCAGUGACGGCAAUCUGAGCGAGCUGCAGCGCUUGAUCAGCAACCUCCAGGAGCUGCAGCAGCUCAACGUGAGCCUGGAUAAGGUUCAGGUGGCCACUCCCACGCCCAGUCCGGAUGCGGUGUAUCUCCAAUCCCUAGAAAAUGGCCAAGACGAGACCCUCAAGUCCCGCAGGCAGAGCGAGAAGAACGAAACGGAGACGGAAGCAGGAGCUGGAACAGAAUCUCCAGCGGAUACGGAAGUCCAAACCACCCAAGCCCCCACCAAGAUCAGCUUGAGUCUGGGCCUGGACGACGGCGACAUUAAAUCCUCCCCAGAGGAGACGGAGAGCAGCACCAGUGGCACGACCACCACCACCACAGAGGAGCCACGCAAUGGAUCUAUCGACGACCUGGCCGACUCCUUCGGGCCGGAUCCUGUCAGCGAAGAGCCGCCGCCGCCUAAGAAGAAGAACGGCUUCUACUUCCUGGCCGACUGGAACUCGUUCCUGGAGGUGGGCGACGGCGACGACCAGGUGGUGGUCCGCCUCAGCCCGAAGAUCGGGGAUCCGCGUCUCUUCCUGCCCGUAAAGAUACCCUCCUCCUAGGCGGAGAGCCAACUCCCGAAGGGCAAUAGCUGUACAUAUGUUCUCUAGAUUCUCUAGACUUCUUUCCUCUCCACGUCCUAUCCUGUAUCGUAAUGUGUGUGUGUAUUUAUUUUAGUCACUGUCUCCGAGUUCCCGUAUCAUUUUUUUUGGGCUUAGUGUUUGGAGAGUGCGGGAUCCAUGUCCGGGGAUUUCAAAUAUAUAGUCAUAAGUCGGGCCUAGGCUGUAAGAGUCAUUCAACCCAGAAGCGAGGUCGUGUAACUAGAAACUCUGAAAUAAAAUAUAUUGAUUUAGUUAAUGAAGGUCUUUCUUUUAAAUUUUAAA